AUGGAAGAACUAUCUAAGCUCAUCCAGAAAAGGCUUGAAAGCAGUGCUGCUCACUCGCCUAUUCCAGGGAGAUGUUCAAUUCAUAGGGUUCCUGAAAGGUUUCACAAUAUGACGCAGCCUAGUCAAUAUAAGCCUGAGGUGAUCUCUAUUGGUCCUUUUCACCGUAAACAGCAAAGCUUGAAAGCAAUGGAUAACUUGAAAAUGCUUUAUGUGCGUCGUUUACUUACUAGCACAGCCGAAAAGAAUAUCAAAGUAGAAGAAGUGGCUACAUCGAUAGUUAAGAAAGAAGAUUGGAUUGCAAUAUUAGAUGCAUGCAUUUUGUCGAUUAUGCAGAGAGAAGAUGAAAUUCGCGAGUGUUAUUCAGAAUCCAUUGACUUCAACAGCAGCGAGUUUGUAGAUAUGAUGGUAAUCGAUGGUUUGUUCAUUAUCGAGAUGUUAAUAAGAGCUUUUUCAGGAAUAGAUAUGUACAACACUCCUUUAUGUCAUAAUGCUUGGCUCUGUAUGAAAAUCGAGUGGGAUCUGUUACUUCUCGAAAACCAGCUUCCAUUCUUUGUCCUUCGAUGUUUAUUCGACCACAUUGCACUCCCGUACCAGUUGAAGCAGAUAGAGGGUAUGUCUCUUGGGAUGUUGGUUUUUUGUUUCUUGCAAUCUUUCUUAAGGAGGCUCCCGACUGAAAAAAAUCUUCCCGACACGGCGCAGCCGCUGCCGGAACAGUGUGAAGACGCUAAACAUUUACUUGAUGUACUUCGUAUACUGUUCCAACCUUCUCCUCAAAGCGAUAAAAAUAUGCUCGUUGCUAAGUUACCUCCAUCGUCACCGUGGAAAAUCAUGAAAGACUACAUCGUAGCUAAGUUCAUGAAAGCUGUGCUUGAAAAGUUCAACAGAGGUGGGGCGACUACUUAUGACGAGUAUGAAGUAAAAUUAAUUCCAAGUGCGACAGAUCUGAAAAGCGCAGGAGUCAGGUUCAAGAGGGGAUCUGAAAAGGAAAGUUGUAUGAAUUUUAAAUUUAGUAGUGGGGGUAUUUUUGAAAUCUCUGCUAUAAGAUUUGGUGACGGAACUGAUAUGAUGCUCAGAAAUGUUAUCGCAUGUGAGCAAUUAUACAGUGGACGUUUUAAUAUGAGUAACUAUGUUAUUUUAAUGGAUUCUCUCGUAAAUUCCGCGGAAGAUGUUGAGAUUCUUCGUAAAGUUGGAAUAAUCAAGAAUUAUCUAGGUUGUGACGAAGACGUCUCUAAUAUCUUCAACAAGCUCUGUAUUGAUAUUAAUGUUGACGGUUCUAGAUACGAUAACACAACCCAGGAAGUGAACAAGUUUUAUAAUCAGAGUUGGCAUACUUGGAAAGCAAUGUUGAAGCGGAAUAUUUCCACAACCCAUGGGCGAUAA